GGGAGACAAAUUGUACAGCAUCAAGCCAACGACAGCAGCAAGUGCAGUCAAAGCGAGAGGAGCUGUGCUACCGACGCACUAUAACCACCGCACUGAUGACUGGUCCUUGAACAUAACGGAUAUCAAACAAAAAACGUUUGUUAGGAUUUCAUCGUGUGAUUCCAUUUUAGGACGUACAAUAACAAAAUUGCAUUGUGUACGAAUUGCGCCAUCGCUGUCGGUCUUUCGUUCGGAGGGCUCGCCCUAUCUUCGGCAGUCUGAAUGGAAGCAGCAGCCGAGGGAGCAGUUGGGCUGUCUGAGGCCAGGGAACCGAGCUCGUUAUCCGGGGCCACAGCAUCCGAGGAUGCGGACACAGUCAUUGGAAUUAGCUACGGAAGGGAUAGCGACAUGGACUGUUCUGCUAGAAAGGCUCACAUCACAGAGCUGCCCGGUGUCUCCGGCCUACCGGGCCAAGGCAAGAGGAUGGGCCACAGGGGAGUGGACGCAUCUGGAGAGACCACCUAUAAGAAGACCACCUCCUCUGCCCUGAAAGGUGCCAUCCAGCUGGGCAUUGGCUACACCGUGGGCAACCUGAGCUCCAAGCCUGAGAGAGAUGUUCUAAUGCAGGACUUCUAUGUAGUGGAAAGCAUAUUUUUCCCCAGUGAAGGCAGCAACCUGACCCCGGCCCACCAUUUCCCAGACUUCCGCUUCAAGACCUACGCCCCCGUGGCCUUCCGCUACUUCAGGGAGCUCUUCGGGAUCAGGCCCGAUGACUACCUGUACUCCCUGUGUAACGAGCCCCUGAUUGAGCUGUCCAACCCCGGGGCCAGCGGCUCUGUGUUCUAUCUGACCAAAGACGAUGAGUUCAUCAUCAAGACCGUCAUGCACAAGGAAGCAGAGUUCCUGCAGAAGCUGCUCCCAGGAUACUACAUGAACCUCAACCAGAACCCUCGCACCCUGCUGCCCAAGUUCUUUGGCCUGUACUGCAUCCAGUCUGGCGGUAAGAACAUCCGCAUGGUGGUCAUGAACAACGUGCUACCGCGUGCUGUCCGCAUGCACCUCAAGUUCGACCUGAAAGGCUCGACGUACAAACGCUGUGCCUCCAAGAAGGAGAGGCAGAAGGCCAAGCCAACCUUUAAAGACCUGGACUUCAUGCAGGACCUUCAGGAUGGCCUGAUGCUGGAUCAGGAUAUGUAUAGUGCUCUGGUCAAGACCCUGCAGAGAGACUGUCUGGUGCUGGAGAGCUUCAAGAUUAUGGACUACAGCCUGCUGCUGGGUGUCCAUAACAUUGACCAGGCAGAGCGGGAGCAGCAGAUGGAAGGAGCUGAGAAGGAUGAGAAGAGGCCCGUGGCCCAGAAGGCACUGUACUCCACCGCCAUGGAGUCCAUCCAGGGAGGAGCCGCCCGCGGAGAGUCCAUCGACACGGACGACACGAUGGGAGGCAUCCCAGCAGUCAAUGGGAAGGGAGAGCGUCUACUCCUCUACAUCGGCAUCAUCGACAUCCUGCAGUCUUAUAGGCUAAUAAAGAAACUGGAGCACACGUGGAAGGCUUUGGUUCAUGACGGGGACACUGUAUCAGUCCACCGGCCAGGCUUCUAUGCAGACAGGUUCUUCAAGUUCAUGAGCAACACUGUGUUCAAGAAGAGCUCCUCCUUGAAGUCUUCUCCCAGUAAGAAGGGCCGAAUGGGUCUGAUGGUGCCAAAGUAUGCUGGGCCUGGGGCCGCCUGGUCAGCCAGCCAACUGCCCUCCGAGAGAGACAACAACAUCUACGACCUGAGAGGAGCACGCAGCUUCCCCACGCUGGAGGACGAGGGCCGGCCAGACCUCCUGCCCUGCACCCCUCCGUCGUUCGAGGAGGCGACCACAGCCUCCAUCGCCACCACUCUGUCCUCCACCACCUCCUUGUCCAUUCCAGAAAGGUCUCCCUCUGACGCUGGAGCCGAACACCCACGUUACAGGUAUCAGAACAACAGCUCUGAGAGAAGGAGACACGCCCAGUCUGUCAGCCAUGAUGGAAGAACCCAGGAGGAGUUGCGGGUACGUGAGGAGGAGCAGCAGACAAUCAUGGUGGAAGUGGAGGUGAAGAGACAUGACAGCGAACCCACCCUCACAGCUCCACAGCCCUCACCAGAGACCAGUGAGGUACCGGAGUUAGCCGACGCUGCUGCUUCUACCGCGGCCCCACCCUCCUCCUCUCCGCCGACCCCUGAGGGCCCUGCCGAAGCCUCUGGUCCCGUGGUCCCUGGAGCUGCUGUCCCGGGCUCCAAGGCCCCUGCUGAGGCCCCUGCCGCUCUGGCCCUGGGGGCCCCCGGUAGUCCCGUGACGGUGGAGGUGGUGGAGGCCGUACAGGACCGCCGGGGCAGCACGGUGUCGGGGUCCGGAUGCACCAGCCAGGCCUCCCAGGACGACGAGGAUGACGUGCCAAUCACAGACAUCUAUUUUUUUGCAGAUGGGGGAAUCAGUCAUGUCCUGCAGAGGAAAAGUCUCCAGCUGCAUUCCCCUCGAGGACAGGACCUGGGUGUAUUCCCCUCUACACUACGGCACAGAGUCUCAGACCUUGCCGGACAGGGAAGGGGAGGAGAGCGAGACACAACAGUAAAUAUUCCUCUUCUCGACUGAGUGGAAAAGGUUUCCAUAGAGAGGAAGCCUUCGACUGAUCCACAGGUGUCUGAGGGGCAGGUAGCACGAGUCCAGUAGAGACCAGGGUUUUAAACCAUUGAUUCAAAUACAAAAAGAAACGUGUAUACUGGGAGGAAACCCCCUCGACGCCCUACAAUCGCAGUGAUUCAUUCCCCUCUUUUCACUCCACCCAAACCAAAUACGACCAUACUGGAGGAAGAGCAGGAAGUUCGAUGGCUAGGCUGUCCAGAAUGGCCCUAGCAACCGGGUCGUUGAGACAUCUCUGCUACUCCCCACACAUUCCGGAUGACUGAUGCGGUCCGUUGCUCACAAUCUGUUUCUUGGAUAUUAAGUUAUUUUACGUUGCGUAUUAUUGUGUGCUUUUUAAAUUUUAUUUCUUUUUUACUUUUUGUUUCAUGCACUUUUUUCCAUCCAUAUUUUAAUAUUGGGGAUAUAUUUGUUGUGUGCUUCACGUGUAGCUCCAGCCAUGAUUUUCACUUUAUUUUUCAAAGCAAUCAUUGAUAUCAAAGUGAUGAUUAAUUAAUCAUUGGAGGAACUAAUAAAUAACCUAUAGAUUUUAGCGUUUUCAGGAGAUGAUUUUGUGUAGUUUAUUUUUGUCAUGUAUAUGACAGUGUUGCCAUAUCCCCCAUACAUUCCUCAGAAUACAGCUCUCAUGUAACCUCUAAACCACAUCAUUGCAACACUAAUGCUGAGACGUUGUCAAUCAUUUCAAAAAUCCACCUCAUUAAGGUCUUCCAGGACUGCCCAGCUUUUAGAGAAACACGAACGAGUCAUUUUCUAAGCGUAAUGAUUCAUUGAGCUGCCGUAAUAGCAUGAAAUUGCAACAUGUUACAGUCAAACGUAUGCACUGAAUGUUAGCUCUGCUGGAGGGUACCAAGGCUAAUGGAUAAGGCGUUCUCAGGCCAAAUACUGUAACUCAUUCUCACGUUGUUUUCAGAAUUAAUUCAUACUUAUUUUAAUAACAGAACCAUCAUCGGACAGGAAAGUAGCAUCUUUGUCAUACUAAUCUGGGAUUUGGAUUAAUGUUUAUUAGUUCAGGUUUAAGUUUUAAAUAGUUUGAUGGCUCUUUCUUUGUUUUACCCUUGGCUGCUUUUAAGUUAGUGGUUUUAUGUCUGUACGUGAGGGAAGCUGUUAAUGUCUUGUAAACUUGUAAAAUACUGAUUGUUCUAUCAUAAUGUGAGGUGGCCAGUUGUAAUCAAUUGCUGUUGUUUGUGUCAUCAAGAGACCAUAGCAGCAACAUUUUGUACAGUAGUCUUAAAGUUGCUUUUAAUUGCCUUAUCGAGAUAUUAAGACAUUAUUAGAUUUUUUUUUCCAUUUUAGUGCUCUUGUAUUUAUUACUUUUAAGUAUUUUUUUUAUAAUGUAGUUGUGCUCCUGAGAAUGUGUAUAUAGAAUUAUAAAUACAUAUAUAAAGAUAAGAAAUAUAUUUUCCAUUUCAAUUGGAGAAUAUUAUUUUUAUUUAAUUUAAAUUUUUUGCUGCUGGCAAGAAAUGAUUACGAUCUAAAUGUGAUUUACUGUACCAUAUCCUUCAAAGUGUUGACAAGAUGCAGCUCAAUUUAUGGUGUAUAAAUCACUGCUGUUUCUUUCUAUGACAUCCGUAACUGAAGAGUUGUCAGUUUUACUGUACAUGCAAAUCAGUAGGGGUUCUUGGGACGGUUUAGCUGUAUUUGUGUAAGUGUUUCCAAAUCGCUGUGUGCCCUCACUUGGGGAGAGUCCGUAACAGACAUGGCAUGAUAUAAAAAUUAAUAUGCAUAUCAAAAAUAUGUAUUUAUGUAUAUCUGUAUGUUCGUCUAUUUAUCCAAUAGGAUAAAUAGGUGGUGUGAGUGUGUGUGUGUUUGGACUCUUGAAAACAGAACGAAUACAAAAUAAAGCAGUUGUAUGUCCAUUAAAUUGUGUAUUUGCCCAUG